AAAUUAAAACCCCAAAAUCGUCUUUAAUUAUUUCAACACCUCCGUCUCUAGUCUCUCCAGACUCCAGCCCUUUCUAUCUUAGGGACGCAUUCCACGGUUAAUCCGUAGUAGUACAAUCGUCCUCCUAUAGUAUCGGGAGUCCAUCCGGCGAAUCAUAUACAUCGCCGUCGAUACACUACUGAAACCCCGGCCGGGUAAACGACGGUGUUUUUGAAAAUUAUUGUUUUAGCCGCCGGCGACCGGGGCGCCGGUGUCAAUUAAGGUUCUUCAGUCUUCUGGAGAGAUCGUAGACUUCUUUCUACUUGGAUAAAUUGUUUCUUGUGGUUAUGAUUGAGAAAUCAUCUUCUUAGAGCAUUCAUGUGAGAAGAUGGCCUUUUUUAGGAACUAUUCAGGUCGUAAGGUUGUAACAGAAGAUAAAGACCAGGAACAUGGCCUUGAUGGAACUUGCAGCUCAGUAGGGAAUGAGUAUGUAGAUGUAACUUCUAGUGAUAAAGAAUAUGACAUGAAUAUGGAUCUUCGGUACCAAAGUGAUGGUGAACCAGAUGAGUUCGGUGCCCUGCAAAGUGAGGCAACUGCUGAAAAUGAUGCUGCUGUUGUGAGUAACUCAAAUUUGCAGCCUUCUGGCAGAAAGUCAGCUCUGCCUGGAAAAUGGGGUUCAACAUUUUGGAAGGACUGCCAACCUAAUGGAUUAGAGUUAGAGGAGGGUGGUGGGAAGACUGAUGUGGGCAAGAGUCGGAGGGACCACUCUGAUGUCCCAGCAGAUGAGAUGUUUUCUGAUGAAUAUUAUGAGCAAGAUGGGAAACAUCACAAUGAUUCAAUGCAUCCCAAGGGUCUUGAUAACUCUAUUGGGGUGAAUUCUCGACUGCCUUCAAGGCCUGCCUUUGGUAACAAUUUGUCUAGGGGUUCAGGAUUUUUAAACAAACAUUAUAAUGAUGCCAAUGGUGGCGAUGACGACAACAAAGGAAAUAAUGAUGGGGAUGCUGCUGAUUACGAAGAUGAGGAUGAUCAAGAUGAAGAUGACCCGGCUGAUGCAGAUUUUGAACCUGAUUAUGGUGUCAUGAGUAGGCGUGCAGGGAACAAGGAUAAGGUUUGGGGUGGCGAAGACUCUGAUGAAGAAAAUAGCAGUGAUGAUGAUGAUUUGGAUGUCUCAGAUGAAGAUAAUUCUUAUUACAUGAAGAAACCCAAGGGUAGGCAACAAGUUAAAAGUGGAUGCAAUGUACAAUCUUUUAGAGAAUGCAGAUCCCUUCAUACAUCCACUCGACCAAUAAAAGGGAAGACAUCAUGGGCAGGAGAUGAGUAUUCGGCAGAGGACUCUAGUUGUGACAGUGAUGAUGAUUUUAAGAGUUUGACAAGAAAAGAUGCACAUCUGCGAAAAGGUAAGGGUCGGUCCACCUCGUACAUGAAUAUUGGUGCUCAAAACAGUGAGGUUCGCACGUCUAGUAGGUCUGUUCGCAAGGUAUCAUAUAUUGAAAGUGAAGAGAGUGAAGAUAUUGAUGAAGGCAAAAGGAAGAAAUCCCAAAAGGAAGAAAAUGAAGAGGAAGAUGGAGACUGCAUAGAAAAGGUGCUUUGGCAUCAGCCUGAGGGCACAGCUGGAGAUGCUUCUAGGAACAAUAGAUCAACAGAACCUAUUCUGUUAAACCACUUGUUUGAUUCUGAACCAGAUUGGAAUGAGAUGGAGUUCUUGAUCAAGUGGAAGGGCCAGUCACAUUUGCAUUGUCAGUGGAAAUCAUACUCUGGACUUCAAAAUCUAAGUGGUUUUAAGAAGGUCUUAAAUUAUACCAAAAAAGUGAUGGAGGAUGUCAGGUACAGGAAGACAGUCUCACGUGAGGAGCUCGAAGUCAACGAUGUAAGCAAGGAAAUGGAUUUAGAUUUAAUUAAGCAACAUAGUCAGGUCGAGAGAAUAAUUUCAGAUCGAAUUUCUACAGAUAGCUCUGGUAACGUGAUGCCUGAGUAUUUAAUAAAGUGGCAAGGUCUAUCUUAUGCUGAAGCAACAUGGGAGAAGGAUGUUGAUAUUGCAUUUGCUCAAGAUGCUAUAGAUGAGUACAAGACUCGUGAGGCUGCCAUGGCGACAAUAGGGAAAAUGGUGGAUCUCCAGCGCAAGAAGGGAAAAGCAAGUUUACGAAAGCUUGAUGAACAGCCUGAUUGGUUGCGUGGAGGAAAACUUCGUGAUUAUCAGCUUGAGGGUUUGAAUUUUCUUGUUAAUAGCUGGAGAAAUGACACGAAUGUCAUUUUAGCUGAUGAAAUGGGUCUUGGUAAGACUGUGCAGUCGGUGUCCAUGCUUGGCUUUUUACAGAAUACUCAACAGAUUCCCGGGCCGUUUCUUGUUAUUGUACCAUUGUCCACACUGUCUAACUGGGCUAAAGAGUUUCGGAAGUGGCUUCCUGAUAUGAAUGUUAUUGUAUAUGUUGGUACACGAGCAAGUCGUGAGGUUUGCGAGCAAUAUGAAUUUUACAAUGAUAAGAAAGGUGGACGACCCAUAAAAGUUAAUACCCUACUGACUACUUAUGAAGUAGUUCUGAAGGACAAGGCUGUUUUAUGCAAGAUCAAGUGGAAUUAUUUGAUGGUUGAUGAAGCUCAUAGGUUAAAAAAUAGAGAGGCACAAUUGUACACAACUCUGUCGGAAUUUGGCACCAAAAACAAAUUGCUUAUCACUGGCACUCCAUUGCAAAAUAGUGUGGAAGAGCUUUGGGCUCUACUUCACUUUCUUGAUCCUGAUAAGUUCAAGAGUAGGGAUGAUUUUGUAGAAAAUUACAAGAAUCUUAGCUCAUUCAAUGAAAAUGGGCUUGCUAACCUUCAUAUGGAAUUGAGGCCUCAUAUUCUCCGAAGAAUUAUCAAGGAUGUAGAGAAGUCAUUGCCUCCUAAAAUAGAACGGAUACUUAGGGUUGAAAUGUCCCCUCUGCAGAAGCAGUACUAUAAGUGGAUUUUGGAACGCAACUUUCAUGACUUGAAUAAAGGAGUUCGUGGGAAUCAGGUCUCCCUUUUAAAUAUUGUCGUAGAGUUAAAGAAAUGUUGCAACCAUCCAUUCCUAUUUGAAAGCGCUGACCAUGGCUAUGGUGGGGACAUCAGCACCACAGAGAGCAGUAAACUGGAAAGAAUUAUCUGGAGCAGUGGGAAGCUAGUUAUUCUUGACAAACUUUUUGUCAGAUUACAUGAGACAAAGCACAGAGUCCUGAUUUUCUCACAGAUGGUUAGAAUGUUGGACAUACUGGCAGACUAUAUGUCACUUAGAGGUUUCCAAUAUCAGAGACUUGAUGGUAGCACCAAAGCUGAGUUACGUCAGCAGGCUAUGGAUCACUUUAAUGCUCCUGGAAGUGAGGAUUUCUGUUUUCUUCUUUCAACUCGAGCUGGUGGUCUAGGUAUUAACCUUGCGACCGCUGACACUGUCAUAAUAUUUGAUUCAGAUUGGAAUCCACAAAAUGACUUACAGGCAAUGAGUAGAGCUCAUAGAAUUGGACAACAAGAAGUUGUUAACAUCUAUAGAUUUGUUACAAGCAAAAGUGUCGAGGAAGAUAUCUUGGAGAGAGCUAAGAAAAAGAUGGUCCUUGACCAUUUGGUGAUCCAAAAAUUAAAUGCAGAGGGCAGAUUGGAGAAGAAAGAAGCGAAAAAAGGGAGUUAUUUUGACAAAAAUGACCUUUCAGCAAUCUUAAGAUUUGGGGCAGAGGAACUUUAAGAGGACAAAAAUGAUGAAGAAAGUAAGAAAAGGCUCCUAAGUAUGGACAUCGAUGAAAUCCUAGAAAGGGCUGAAAAAGUUGAAGAGAAGGUAGAAGCUGAAGCGGAUCAAGGAAGUGAACUAUUGAGUGCUUUCAAGGUUGCCAAUUUCUGUAGUGCUGAAGAUGAUGGGAGUUUUUGGAGUCGAUGGAUAAAACCAGAAGCUGUAACUCAAGCUGAGGAGGCUCUUGCUCCCCGAGCUGCUAGGAACACCAAGAGCUAUGCAGAGUCUAACCAACCAGAGAGAAGUAAAAGGAAGAAGAAAGGAUCUGAACCCCAGGAGCCUCAUGAGGGAGUCCAGAAGCGUCGUAAAGUAGAUUAUUCUGUUCCGUCAGCACCAAUGAUUGAGGGAGCAGUUGCUCAAGUAGGAGGUUGGUCUUACGGGAAUUUGUCGAAGAGAGAUGCAUUGCGCUUUUCUCGUGCGGUAAUGAAAUUUGGGAAUGAGAGGCAGAUAAGCUCCAUUGUUGCAGAGGUUGGUGGUGCAAUUGCUGCAGCUCCUCCUGAAGCACAGAUUGAGCUCUUUGAUGCCUUAAUUGAUGGCUGCAGAGAGGCUGUAGUUGAAAAUCUGGACCCAGAGGGUUCUGUAUUGGAUUUUUUUGGCGUCCCUGCGAAGGCUAAUGAACUACUCACCCGCAUUCAAGAACUUCAGCUCCUAGCCAAGCACAUUAGUCGGUAUGCAGAUCCAAUGGCACAGUUUCGAGCUUUGUCAUACCUUAAGCCUUCAAAUUGGUCUAAAGGUUGUGGUUGGAAUCAAAUUGACGAUGCAAGACUGCUACUGGGAAUACACUACCAUGGCUUUGACAGUUGGGAAAAGAUAAGGUUAGAUGAAUGCCUUUGCCUUACAAAGAAGAUUGCUCCUGCUGAACUUCAACACCAUGAGACGUUUCUACCGCGCGCUCCAAAUUUGAAGGACCAUGCAAGUGCACUUCUAGAAAUGGAGCUAGCAGCUAUUGGUGGAAAGGGAACAAAUGCUAAAGCCCGUCGUAAGUCUUCAAAGAAGGUGAAAGAAAAUAAUUCAAACAUCUCGAUGCCUCGGAGGGAGAAGAGAAGAAAUUUUAAUUCUCCUAUUGUUGUCCAAACUAAAGACAGACCAAAGAAAACCCGGAAACUUGAACCUUUAGUGAAAGAGGAGGGUGAAAUGUCAGACAAUGAGGAAGUAUAUGAGCAGUUUAAGGAAGUGAAAUGGAUGGAGUGGUGUGAAGAUGUCAUGGUUGAUGAAAUUAGAACUCUGAAUCAUCUUCAUAAGUUGCAGACCACCAGUGCCAAUCUUCCAAAAGAAAAGGUAUUACCAAAAAUUCGGAAUUAUUUACAGCUUAUUGGAUGGAGGAUAGACCAAAUUGUUGCAGAUCAUGAAGAGGAACUUUAUAGGCAAGAUAGGAUGACCACACGAUUAUGGAAGUAUGUCUCCACAUUUUCAAAUCUCUCUGGGGAGAGGCUUCAACAGAUCUAUUCCAAACUCAAACAAGAGCGGGAAGAGGAGGUAGGAGCUAAUCAUUUCAUGCGGCAAAGAGGGUACAAGACCACCUAUCAAAUGACAGAACCAUUUCGUAGGGGUCGUGAUACUGGGAAUUUCGAAGCUUGGAAACAAAGAAGAAUGGAAACUGAUAUCCAUUCUUCUGUUCAGCCUCUGCCUCCAGGACCUUUGAGUAACGGGACUCAUUUAUCUGAUCCAAACUCACUAAGGAUUCUUGGAGCGGCACCAUCUGACAGUAGAAGUUUAGGUAGUCGAAUGCGUCAAUCUAAUUUUCCCCCUCGACAAAACUUCUCGUCAGGAAUCGAUUAGUGAUUUUGUAUGAAAGGAGAGCUACUGAUUCAGGAGAUUGCGCUAUCUGCUCUCACCUUGUGGCUUCACUGCUUCAGCCACUGAAUAUUUGAUGGAAUUCUUUUUUGAGCAAUGGAAAUAAUAACAGCUACACAACCUUAUUUGGUUUUGAGUCACUGAUUUCAGUGAACUGGUGAACGUGAAUUGCAACGUUGUAAGAAAAAUGCUGCCGAGGAAAGAAGUACGCGGGAAUCAAUUGACAAGAAGACUACAGCAAAAAGUUCCAACUCAAAAGUAAACAUUUUUGAGGGGCAUAUAUACUUGUAUGUUAGGAAAAAUUGUACAUUAUCAGUUUUGCAUAAUCUCUAAUAGGAGUGAGUUUACUCUGGCUGCCAAAUUCUGGUUGCACUGAUUGACAAUUAGUUAUAUUCUUUCUUAAAUUAUUUUGUGAAAAAGAAGACUGUAAUUGAUUAAUGACCAGGUCCCAAUAACUAUUUGGUGCUAAUUUAUACGCACUACUACUCUUUGGUAGAAAGUGGGCAAGUUUUAUGCUCCAUAAAGGAUUGUGUACUCUCUUUACAUUAAACUUAUGUUUAAUCUGUCUGGAAUGAUGAGUCAUUAUGCUUGGCUC